AUGAGCCAACUGGGCUCCGUGGAUUAUAUUCUUCAUGAUCCUAUCCCGGUUGAUAACAUCGAAACAAUGACGGAACGGCACUCAUAUGAAUCAGAUUUAUCGCACGUCAUCUAUGGGAUUUUGAGCAUGCUUGCCGCAAUAGGCUUAUUGCUGGGGCAAUUAUCCGGGCAAGACCAACUUUUCAAGGAAUACGUUACUAAUCAAGCAAACAAAAAGCCACGAAGCGUAUCGGAUGAUUGA